CUGAACCCAUGUUCUGUUUCAGAGUCAGAUAUCCUCACCAUGGGCUCUGCCUUGAGCUGUGCAAAUUCUAUCGGUGCAAGCAGGCAGAGCUUGGGGUGAGGGGCAGAGGGAAUCAGCCCAAUUCUUGCCCAGGCAAGAGACCCAGGCUUGGCUUGAUGGAGGAGGAGGAAAAGCCCAAGAGAUCCUGCAAGAGGAGGGGCUGCAAACCCAGCCCAGGGAGCUGUGAGGAGCUAAGAGCCCCCCUGAGCCACAAAGGCAGCCGGAGAUCCAGCUGGAGCUCGGAGCUGAUGGAGAAGCCUCAUGGCAGGGAGAAGCCACACAAGUGCUUGGAAUGUGGGAAGGUUUUCAGCUACAGCUCCAACCUGACCACGCACCAAAGGAUCCACACUGGGGAACGGCCCUACAAGUGUGGGGAGUGUGGGAAGAGCUUCAGACAGAGUUCUGGCCUAAUUCAGCACCAGGUGAUCCACACUGGGGUACGGCCCUACAAAUGUGGGGAUUGUUGGAAGAGCUUCAGAGACAGCUCUGACCUGAUCCGGCACCAGAUGAUCCACACUGGCGAAAAGCCCUAUGAAUGUGGGGAAUGUGGGAAGAGCUUCAACCAGAGAUCCCACCUAAUCCAGCACCAGAGGAUCCACACUGGGGAAAAGCCCUACACCUGCUUGGAAUGUGGGAAGAGUUAUGGGUGGAGCUCGGACCUGAGAAAACACCAGCGCACCCACACUGGGGAGAAACCCUACGAGUGUCCUGAGUGUGGGAAGAGGUUUCAGAUCAGCUCCACUCUCCUCAGACAUGAGCGAAUUCACACAGAGGAGCGGCCCUUCCGCUGCUCCGACUGUGGGAAGGGCUUCACCCGCAAAUUCGCCCUUGUCUCCCACCAGCGCAUCCACUCCAGGGAGAGGUCCUAAGAGUGUGGGGAGUGUGGGAAGAGCUUCUCACAGAGCUCUCACUUGACCCAACACCAAUGGAGUCUCCACUAAGGGAAGCCCUGUGUGUGCCCCGAGUGUGGGAAGGGCUUCGUGUGCUGCUCCAGCUCCAUCUCCCAUGGGAGGAUCCACGUUGGAUGAUCCCCAGUGACCCCCGUUGGGCAGAGACCUGGUGAUCUUUGGUCCUGGUGAUCUGUGUUGGGAUGACACCUGUCUUGGGGGCUCCACAUCUUCCUAGCUCCCUCUGGGCACUUGAAUGAAUGCAAAGAGCAGAACAUCCAUUAGGAUGCAGACCAACAAUGGGAAUUCCUUGGGGAGGGCAGAUUUCUUGACUUUCAACCCCAGAACAUCUUUUGCUUUCAAUCCUAUCUUCUGGUGGCAUCAAGGAGUUCUUGGAGGUGUUUUCCAGCUUCAGGGAUUCCAUGAUUUUAAUUUCCCAUUUCCUAAGGGUGUCUUCCACAGGCAGAUGGUAAAAAAGUGAGGAAAAGACCAAACUUUUGGAGACAGUGGGGUGGAAACUUCACCACGAAAGGUUCUUCCCUCCCACCCAAGCAGGUGGAACCUCAGCCGGCACGGACACAGAAAUCCUUUUCUUUUAGGCUUGAUUUUCUUUUCAUUUCUUUUCAUUUCUCUUCAUCCCUUUAAAAUAUCCAACACAGGGGUAAAAAUAAAAAUAUUGAACUAA